AAGUGAAAUAUUUUCUUGUCGGAGUAAACAAAAGUAAAAUUUUUCACUAUCAGUUGUCACUUAGUUAGUUACGGCAAACGCUUACAAAUUUUAAAUAUUGCUUGAGGCUUGAAUAUGUUCAGGGUGUCGUAGCAAAUGUUAAAAAAGGUCUUUUCAUUGCUUCCACUGUUUUGUUGAACAAACGCAGAGUAUUUGCGUUUACUUUCAAAGUGCCAUACAAUUACGCACUGCGCGCUAAAGGGAGAUGUUUAAACGAUUGCUAACGCAUAGUCUGUUGGGUGCCAGUGUCAUUGGUACUGCUUUAAGUUUGCGAACAAACGAUUAUGAUUUAAAUUCAGUGGGAGUGAUACGAUUGAUGCGUUCAGCAGUGGCUGUGGUCGACGUUGCCUUAUUAUACAAGCAAAAGCUUUAUUAUAAAGACUGGGAUAAAAAUGAUCCCGCAUAUAAGGCCCAGAAGAGUAAAGUGCACACAUUGGCUGCCGAAAGACUUUUAGAAUUAAUCUGCACUAAUAAAGGAGUUUAUAUUAAAGUCGGUCAACACAUAGGUGCUUUGGAUUACUUAUUGCCGAAAGAAUUUGUACAAACGAUGAAAGUAUUACAUUCAAACGCACCCCAAAAUCCUGUGGAAGAUUUAUUUAAAGUCAUAAAGCAAGAUCUAAAUGUUAAUUCCGAGGAUAUGUUUGAACAUUUCGAAAAGGAACCUUUAGGCACAGCCUCUUUAGCUCAAGUGCACAAAGCUACUUUAAAGACGGGGGAGAUUGUAGCUGUAAAAGUUCAACAUCCUUAUGUAAAAGGAAACUCUCGCGUCGACAUGAAAACUAUGGAAGUAGCCGUAAAAGUAUUGGCUUUAAUAUUUCCCGAUUUUAAAGUACAAUGGUUAGUGGAUGAAUCGAAAAAAAAUUUACCAAUCGAGCUGGACUUCCUGAACGAAGGUCGUAAUGCCGAAAAGGUGGCUGCACAAUUUGACAAAUACCAAUGGUUGAGAGUACCGAAAAUUUAUUGGGAACUUAGUUCGCCUCGUGUACUUGUCAUGGAAUAUCUAGAAGGUGGUCAGGUUAAUGAUCUCAAGUACAUACAAAACAAUAAUAUCGAUCCUUUGACGAUAUCAAACAGAUUGGGCCAACUGUACUCGGAAAUGAUAUUCAAUACCGGUUUUGUGCAUAGUGAUCCUCAUCCCGGCAAUAUAUUGGUGCGUAAAGAUCCAAAGCAUGCUGUAGAAAUAAUAUUACUGGAUCAUGGCCUCUAUGCCAAUCUAACCGAUAAAUUUCGCUUCAAUUAUUCAAAAUUGUGGCUAAGUAUAUUGAACGUGGAUCGUGAUUCGAUGCAGAAAUAUUCCGAAAAUUUAGGAAUUAAAGGAAAUUUAUACGGCUUAUUUGCCUGUAUGGUAACCGGCCGGCCAUGGGAGACGGUUGUACGAGGCGUCAAUAAAGUUAAAUACACCAAAGAAGAAAAGGAUACAUUACAAAAUAAUACCUCUUUAGUUCUACCUCAUAUAUCGGACGUAUUAGAGCAAGUUGAUCGUCAAAUGUUAUUAAUUUUAAAAACCAACGACUUAAUACGCGGAAUUGAAUCUACGCUGCGCACACAAAAUCGUAUGACCGCUUUUUGGGUCAUGUCCAAGUGCUGUUUGCAUUCAUCGUAUAGUGAAGAGAAAUCGAAGCGUACCACACGCACAGCACGAUUAGCAAUAAUUUUACGUGAGAAAUGGGAAAUAUUUAAAUUAAACAUUUAUUAUUUGUAUUUAAGUUUAAUCAAUUUCGGACUGGUGGCUGCUUUUAGAGAACUUCUGUAGAUAAGAGCAAAUUUUUUUUUUUUUACCUAAAGAUAUUA